UAAACUUAUUUUUACGAUGGAACCUAAAACAUUGGAUCCCGCGCAAGCUUUCAUGGCGAAGAUAUCUGAUCGGUUCAAGCCGGUACAUGACAUAACUGCUCGUGGAACGUCCAGCGUGCAGCAGUUUUACUGCGGAGCUACCGUAUUCCUGACUGGAGGAUCAGGAUUUCUGGGCAAGCAGCUCAUUGAAAAACUUUUAAGAGCUACUAACAUUUCCAAAAUAUAUGUUUUACUGAGAUGCAAAAAGGGAAAAUUUAUACAACAGAGACUAAUGGAAAUGUUUAAAGAUCCUUUAUACGACACGCUCCGAGAGCAACAGCCAAAAUUUGUAGACAAAAUAAUUGCUGUGUCAGGAGACGUAUCAGAACUAAAUCUUGGAUUGAGUGACAAAGACUGGAACACUAUUGCUGAUGAGGUGGACAUAAUAUUCCAUCUAGCUGCUACAACAAGAUUCGAUGAAACUCUCAAAUUGGCUACUUUCAUUAAUAUUCGUGGUACACGAGAAAUACUUGCUUUAGGCAAAGCAUAUCAUUUGUUUACGUGUCAACAGCUUUUUCACACGCUUGUACUGAUCGUGUUAAUAAGGAAGUAUUGGAAAAAUUUUAUCCAAGUCCGUACCUAUAUGCAGUCGGAUUAG